UCUACAUUCAUGGUUGGAUCUUCCUGAAAAUCCAUACACCUUUAAAGGAGCCAGGGAAGAGCUAGUGACGCAGAUUUGGCAUCGUUUCGGGAUGGGGGAGAUUCCUGAGAUGCGGCCUCUCCGCCAUUAAAAGUAGAGUGUGGUUUCGUGCCACUUCACGUGAAGCCGGACAUUGUGUCUUGAGGAUCGUGUUUAGGUAUGGGUUUAAGUUUAAGAAACGGUGGUUUCCGGUCCUGCCGGAUGGCCAAAGAACUCAGAAGGGAAGCGUGGAUCAGAGGCAGUCUGCAAAGAACCAGCCAAGAACAAAGUGGCACAUCUGUGAUAAAUCCCCCAGCCACAGAUUUGGCUGCAUCACAGACCCCAGCACCGAUCUACUGCUUCCCCAUCACCAUGGAGGCUUCUCUUGCCGCCUGCAUCCUCGCUGCUCUCCUGGCUAUGGGGGCCUGUCUGCGGUGUGAGGUUUGCAACGGACCAGGAACCAGAUGCACGGGCCAACCAGACACCUGCACUCCUGGGCAGGACUCUUGUGCCAUCGCCUUGACAGACUCCACAUUGGUGGGAAGCAAGAGUCAGACAAUUAUCAAAAACUGUGUGUCCUCCGACGUAUGUAAAGCCAGCCCUUUCUCCGCACACUUUGGCAACGCAAUGACAAGGAUGAGCUUCAAAUGCUGCGUGGGAGACGCCUGCAAGACCACCGAUAUUACAGUGCCCCCGGCUGACCCCACACCCAACGGCCGGCGCUGCCCGGGCUGCUACGCGUUGAACGCUGAUCAUUGCAAUGAGCAAACCAUACAUUGUACUGGAUCCGAGACCCAGUGUAUUAAUGCCACCGGGACCAUAACAAUUGAUAGACGUAAAAUGCAGACUGUGAUGAAGGGCUGCGCUUCCGAGUCCAUCUGCGUCAUGGCACAAGUGGCUUCGAGGAUGUUCACAGAUAUCAGUGCAGAUCUAACCAUGGCCAAAUGCACAGAGGCCUCCGGCGUGGCGGGCGGGGCUCUGGGACCAGCCGGGAUCCUCCUCCCGGCCCUCGCUGGGCUUCUGCUGAAGCUUCUCUCCUGAUUCCCCACCCGGUGCAACCGACACGCCGCACUGAAAUCCGCCCUGCCGCCUGCGUUAGCCGCUCUCCCCGCCAGGUGUUCUCGGCUCUCGGAUGGACUCACCUCCCCUCGAUGUUGUUGCACUGAAUAAAACACACUGGAGAGCAAAGUC